AUGGAACGAAAUAUCAAGAGCAACCAUCUUGGCGUCGUUGUCGUGGGCAAUCCUGGAAUUGGGAAGUCGACCUUCUUAUGGCUCUACCUGCUCGUCUCUCUUGCCUUAAAACUCCCGGUAGUUAUUUACUGGAAAACUCAGCUGAUGGUCUACUGUUCAACGGGCGUUUACCAUGUCAAGGACAAUCGCAGCGAGUUCGUGAUGGGCUUAACGGGUGUAGCUUUCCUGAUCGACAUGGACUCUUCCAACAUCAACCCCAUUGAACUCAUGACAGUCCAUUUGUGUUUUAUCAUCGCAGUGUCAUCUCCUCAGCCUUCUCGCUACAAGCAGUUGACAACCAGAGGUGAUUUUGGCAUGCUGGUGGUCAAUCCACCCACGGCGCACGAACUCCAGGCAUGCUUAGAUCAGCUGCCGCCAAGCGUUGCCGAACCUCGCAUGGACCUCCGCACUGCGCUCCGGUUGGUGCCGCCCAAUAUUCAACUACUCAAAUCCCUCAGCACCGGCGAGCAUAACGAAGCCACGAUCAUCGCCGCGAUCCAAGAGGCGGUGAAAAACGUUAACCCGUCACGCCUACGGCUUUUGAUGCUCUCCAUGCAUCAAGCGGAUGAGUCCUUCAAUUCCCUUACCACAGUCUAUCGUGAUCCCUGCAGCGCUGCACAAGAUUUUAUGAAUCAUCGAUUGUCUUCAAAAACGAUGUUGCGCUUAGUGCAUGAUCAUGCUGUCCGUGAAAAUGUAUCCGCUGUACAGUCCAUGUACACGUCCUUCGCCGCAGACGGAAAACCAGGCAUUCCCGGAGGUUGGGCAUUCGAAAUGCUGUGUCAUCGCUUGUUCACCCAGCCUCCGCCUUCUCCAAACAACACUGUCACUCUAAUUCAGAUGCAGGUCCAUGGGACAGAACUGGUACCGGAUGACAAGAAUCGGAUGGAAUGGUCGAUAACGCCCCGACAACUUGUCACUUUAUUGCCUGGGGAGAGUACGUUGAAGUCGACCUUCCUGUCUGACUAUUUUGUACCCUCACGAGGAAACACCCCUACGUUCGACGCGUUUGUUCAUUCGGAGGAUCCUCCUCGACUCGUCGGGUUCCAGAUGACCAUUGCGCCGAGGCAUUCAAUCAACAAGUCUGGGCUCGUGAUACUGCAGCAACACCAGCUUCCCGAUGAGACGGACCCAUGGCUGAUCUACGUUGUGCCUCAAGGGCACACAGUCAGACUCCCAUUUUCAGACAAGUCGCCGUUCAACGAGUUUACCUACUUCAUGUGCGAGGUCGAUGUUGGUGACCGUGACUGGGGGGAGGCUGAAGAUGAUACUGACGUCGAGCCGGAAUUAUAG